AUGAAUGUCUUCGGACUCCUAGGAUCUGAUACCGGUGAUGGUAAGCCUGUAAGAGAUUACACGGGAGAAUAUGAUUUGAGACUCAUGGGUCUCGCGAGGCUCGAUACAGAUGAUUUGGGACUCAUGGAACUUGAUAAAGACGAUUUGGGACUCAUAAGACUCGAUACAGACAAUUUGGGACUCAUAAGACUCGAUACAGAUGAUUUGGGACUCAUGGGACUCGACACAGACAAUUUGGGACUCAUAAGACUCGAUACAGAUGAUUUGAGACUCAUGGGACUCGACACAGACAAUUUGGGACUCAUGGGACUCGACACAGACAAUUUGGGACUCAUGAGACUCGAUACAGACGAUUUGGAACUCAUGAAGCUGGAUAUAGACAAUGUUGGACUCAUGAGGCAUGACACAGACUCAUAG